AUGUCUAUUCGUUUAAAUAAACAUCGGUUGUCUGAUAAAACAUCGCGAUCUUCAGUUUAUCCUCAUAUUUAUUACGGAUCCAAGGAAGACGUUAGUUUUGAAGAUUUAUUUCAAUUGUUUCAUAAAGCAUUCCCGUUAGCAUUCAAUCGUGAAACAUUUCAACGUGUCUACGAUGCAUCGGAUAUAUCAAAUACGGCGUAUCGAACGAAAUAUUGUUGGAAAAUAAAACUCUAUGCUGCCAUCUUAGCAACGUCAACGUUCGAUUCGAAUCAGAAACGUCAAUUAAAGAUUCUCAUGCUCGUCGAAGAUGAGCAUAGUUUGCAUGCGAUUAAUGUUGGUCGACGUUUAUUAGUGCAGUUGAUUGAAACAUGUAAAGAAUUAGAAAACAUUCAUCGAAUUUAUGCGUAUGUCGAAUCAACCAAUCUCGAUGGAAUUCAUUUUUAUACAAUGAUGGGUUUUCAACGAAGAGAAACGCUACCCGAUUACUUUCCGCAACGUGCAUCAUUGACACCUGACGCUGUUAAACUUGUAUAUGAAAUUGGAAAUGAUUCAAGUACUGAAGCUAUUCAAACAUUUCCAGUUACUAAUCAGCCUUGA